CACGGUCCGCGAGCACAGCUGGGGCAUCUCGCUCAGCUCUUACCUACGGCCACAGCAGCCAUCCCACAAGAUGAUCGGGAUCCUCCUGCUCCUGCUCCUGCUCCUCCCCCUUUUCCUGUACAUCGCUGCACCCCAAAUCAGGAAAAUGCUGUCCAGUGGGGUGUGUACAUCAGCCGUCCAACUUCCUGGGAAGGUCGCUGUGGUCACUGGAGCCAACACGGGCAUUGGAAAGGAGACAGCCAAAGAACUGGCUCAAAGAGGAGCCCGCGUGUAUUUAGCGUGCCGGGAUGUACAAAAGGGGGAAUUGGUGGCCAGAGAGAUCCAAAUUGUGACUGGGAACCAACAGGUGUUAGUGCGGAAACUGGAUUUGGCUGAUACAAAAUCUAUUCGAGCCUUUGCUAAAGACUUUUUAGCAGAGGAGAAGCAUCUUCACAUUCUGAUCAACAAUGCGGGAGUGAUGAUGUGUCCCUACUCUAAGACAGCAGAUGGCUUUGAGAUGCACAUGGGAGUCAACCACUUGGGUCACUUUCUCCUGACCCAUCUGCUGCUAGACAAACUGAAGGAAUCAGCCCCAUCAAGGGUAGUGAAUGUGUCUUCUCUAGCACAUCACCUGGGAAGGAUCCACUUCCAUAACCUACAGGGCGAGAAAUUCUACAAUGCAGGUCUGGCCUACUGUCACAGCAAGUUAGCCAACAUUCUCUUCACCCAGGAACUGGCUCGGAGGCUCAAAGGCUCUGGCGUUACGACAUAUUCUGUCCAUCCGGGCACAGUCAACUCUGAACUGGUUCGGCACUCAUCCUUCAUGAAGUGGAUGUGGUGGCUUUUCUCCUUCUUCAUCAAGACCCCUCAGCAGGGAGCGCAGACCAGCCUGUAUUGUGCGCUCACCGAAGGUCUUGAGAUUCUCAGUGGGCAUCAUUUCAGGUACAAAUGCAUCUGGUUUUGAAGAUGGGGUUUUUAUGGCUCAAAGGAAAUAAUCUGGAUUUGUCUGGUAUAUUAUACUCCUCUUACAAAGUACAUUGCGUGACCUAG